AUGGCGACCGAUUUCGAAGCGUCGCGCCCAAAACGGAUCCCCUAUUGGCGAAUCCUGACCGAUCAGGGUGUGGUCACCCCCGAGAUCAUUCAAUAUCCAUACGUGGGAUCAGGAACAGAAGAAGAUCCUUUCGUGGUUGAAUGGAUUCCGCAUGAUCCACGCAACCCGAUGAGUUUUGACACUCGCCUCAAAUGGACAUACACUAUCAUUGUCGCCUUUGCCACGUUUGCGGUGUCAAUGGCCUCUUCGGCCUAUGCUGGCAGUAUCAGUGAAGUGAUCAAAGAGUUCGACGUGAGUGAAGAGAUGGCCACGCUAGGUGUAUCGUUGUUUGUGCUUGGGUUUGCCGUUGGUCCACUACUUUGGGCACCCCUCUGUGAACUCAUCGGUCGCCAGACCGUGUUUCUGGUAACCUUCCUCUCCCUGUCUGCCUUCUGUGCCGGCGCAAUCGGCUCGCAAAAUGUGUGGACUUUGAUCAUUCUACGAUUCUUCGCUGGUUCCUUCGGUUCUUCUCCACUUACCAAUGCCGGAGGUGUAAUUGCCGAUAUCUUCACUGCGGAUCAGCGUGGACUUGCGACAAGUCUUUUCGCAGGAGCCCCCUUCCUUGGGCCCACCUUGGGUCCGGUGAUUGGGGGAUUUUUGGGUGAAUAUGGGACGGCCAAUCAUUUUCUUGGCUGGCGAUGGGUUCAGGUGUUCUUGGCCGUCUUUACGGGCUUGAUUUGGAUCGUGCAGGGUCUGAUGAUCCCUGAAACGUAUGCUCCUCUCUUGCUCGCCAAAAGGGCAGGUCGUUUGUCUGCCCUCACUGGCCAUGUCUACCGUAGCAAGGUUGAGAUUGAUCGUGGUCGGGUAUCAGCUCGAGAUGCCUUCACUGCGGCACUGUCGCGCCCGUGGAUCCUGCUGUUCUCGGAACCCAUUGUCUUACUACUCUCGCUUUACAUGGCUAUUGUCUAUGGUACACUUUACAUGCUGUUUGAUGCAUUCCCUAUCGUCUUCCAGAAUAUCCGUGGCUGGAGUGAGGGUGUUGGAAGUCUUCCAUUCCUUGCGGUCAUGAUUGGCAUGAUGACGGCUGUCGGUUUGAAUAUGUACGACAAUAAACGCUAUGUACGUAUCCAUAAAGCACACGGCGGAUUUGCACCGCCCGAAGCUCGGCUUCCUCCCACCAUGUGGGGUGGCCUAGCGAUCCCAGUCGGGCUUUUUUGGUUCGCAUGGACAAACUCCGAAUCUAUCCCAUGGAUAGUGAGUGUGCUGGCAACGGCUCCAUUUGGAUUUGGCAUGGUCCUUGUUUUUCUUGGAAUCAUGAACUAUCUCAUUGACUCAUACACAAUCUAUGCUGCGUCUGUUCUCGCAGCCAACUCGAUCAUUCGAUCAUGCUUCGGCGCUGCAUUUCCGCUGUUCACAACAUACAUGUACGAGAACCUUGGAAUACACUGGGCGUCGUGCAUCCCCGCAUUCUUGUCUCUUGCUUGUGCGCCUUUUCCAUUCAUCUUCUAUCACUACGGGCCUGUGAUUCGUCGCAGAUGCAAAUAUGCUGCGGAGGCGGAUAGUUUCAUGCGCACCUUGGCUCAGAAGGCGAAGGUUCAGGAAGCGGGGGAUGAAAGAUUCCCUGAGCCCAAAGCCGAGGGUUCUCCGCGUCACGCCAACGCCCCAGAGGAAAUCACACCGGCUGAUGACUCUCUGUCAAUGUUGUCCCGCUCGUCGUUGGAACGCACUCAGACUGCCUACGAUGCCAAUCCUUACGAUGUCGAUCAUGUGAACACUCACAAAUCCGCAAUCACUCGUCGAUCGCAUUCCACAAAAGCCCGUCGAUCGUGGUUCUCCGACCUUUGGCGCAAAUAA